AUGAAAAGAAAUUUAACUAAAUGGGCCGUUCUCUUAAGAAGAAAAGAUGGUAUCGCUGAAGAUGAUAAGAUCAUGCGAGAUGUUAAUUGGAAUGACAAAUCUAACAAUUUUGCUCGCAGAUCUAAUGGAUCGAGCUGGCUUAAUUGCCCUGUCAUUCUAGGGGGUCCUUAUAUUUCUGGUAAAGCUGAGGAUGGUUCUGAUAUUCCUCUUCCUGAAAAGUUUUCUUCUUACCAACCUUGGGAGUUUGUACUUUCGGAAGCUGAGACAAAGAAAGUGACUGCUAAGAGGGACAAAACUUCACACAAUGCAUCAGCUUCGCAGAAUAACAAAGUGAAAUAUUUAAGUGAUAAGACUUCAAGUAAAGGUAAGUAUAUUCCUAAAAGGCCUACGUCUAAAUCUUCAUCAGAAACGACAUCUACAAUGGAUGAUCUCUCUAGGAAGCGUAAAAGAUACGAUUCGUCUUCAAGUUCGGAGUCUAGUGAGGAUGAUAUCUCUGUUUCUGAUGAUUCAUCAAUUCCUUCUUCUUUGAAAGAGUUGUCCAAUAUUUUUGCUGGAGAUCUCCUAACUGCUGUUGAUAAUGAAGAAUUAAAUCGUGCUUUUGGAAUGGUUUCUAAAAUAUGCGAUGCUCCUACUUUAGAUGACCCAUCUCUUCGUGGAGAUGCCUCUGCGAUAAAUCCAAACCUCCAAUUCACAAUCGGCUCUUUGGAAGCCCGUUUAUCUUAUGUAAUCUCCUCGGACUACCAAAGGAGACUUACUAAACUUGAGAAAGAAAAUGCCAAGCUUAAAGCUGAGAAUUCAACCAAUUCUGAUUUGAUUCGCAGAGCCCGAGAAAGAAAUGAUGAACUCAUUGACCUAUGUAACCUUUCGGAUGAGGCUGCCAAUCUUCUUGAUGGAGAAACCCUUUUAGAACACCGUAAUUCUUCUUUAAAUAACUAUCCCAACCAAGGAUUUGAAAAUAUGAAUUUGGAAGAAUUAAGAUUGAAAUAUGCUGCUCUUAGAAAAAGCCAUAGAUCUUUAUUGACUACAUUUAAUAACUCUAAACAUCGUCUUCAUGAGAGCCAAGAACAAAUUCAAGUUUUGGAAACAAAGAAGAAUAAGUUUAUUGAUGAGAAAGACGAGAUCACUCUUAAGGGUGUGAAAGCACCAGAAAAAUUCCAAGAAUCCAUUAUUGAGGUUCAAAAAGAACGUGAUUUAGCUUUGAUCAAAAAGAACAUACUUGUGGAAGAAAGAAAUUUAAUUCGCCCUUGUCUUCUCAUAGAAAGCGAAACUGAAUUUAGUUGGGCUGCUAGAGUUCUAAAUGAUGCUAGAAAGGACUUAGCCAUAAACGUGAGUCUUCAAGCUGAACAUUCCGCAUUGGUUAAAGACAUUGUUUCAUAUUAUGAAGAUAAGGAGAAGAAUUAUCUUCAAAAGAUUGCAGAGUUAGAAAAUCGCUUAGCUUCUGAAGAAGAGAAGAAUUAUCCUCAUAAGAUUGAAGAAUUAGAAACUCUCUUAGCUUCUGAAGAAAAAGAUUUAUUUGCUCGCAACUCUAAGUAUCAACAAUUGAAGAAGAACUUCAUCAUCAUGGUUUCAAACAAUAGCAAUGAUGAUGAUCGUGCUCGCGAAGCUGCUGUUAAGAAAGUAUGUGUUGAGAAUAACAUCCCUCUUACAAAGUAUAAAUUUCCUGAAAUCCCUGAUAAUGAACAUAUUUCUGAUAUUUCAGACAAUGAGGGAGAAGAUGAAGGAUCUGAAGAAGAAAUAAGUGGUUCUGAGGUUGAGCGAGGUGAAGAUUAG